UUCCCUUCGUGUGAUUCCUUUCGAUGGCGGCGUUGUUGCUGUGUGUGGACCCCUAUACAGCUGGCUACGGGGCAGUCAAAUGUCUCGUAAAGGAAUUCCCUCCGCUUGCAAGUCAAAACAAAUCCCGCGUAUCUUUCGUAAUCGACGAGGUUUGUGCUCGAUCCGUAGUUGGCCGCAGUGUGAGGCCGGAAUCGCGAGCAGUCCGAUAGGUUACAAUCAAUUGAGCUUGUUGUCUGGCUCGCCGGAUGAGGACAAAAGAGAGGAAACGAGUAAAAAAGGAAAACAGGAGGAAGAGGCUAGGGACGACGAGGCUAUACGGUAUCGGGACAAGGUGUGGAUUGAGGAUAAUCAAGCGACGAGCGGUAGUGUUGCGGGUGAAUCGAACGUCGAUAUCGUUGAGAUCGGUAAAGCUGCCGAUGUCGAGACAGUAGCCGACAUCGAGAAAUGGUUGAAAACACGGUCGGAGUCGGUGUCGAGCAUGGAUCUCGACGCGAUCAAGUCCGGGGUCGAGGAGGGCGUCGACCGGUACCUGGGCGAGGAGCUCCAGCACGCUUUUCUGGAAAAGGACCCUGACGGCUUAUCCAUCGACAUUGACCUGUCUGACAAGAAGCUCAAUUUAGGUUAUGAUCCUUUGCUGCAGGAGCUUCAGAGUGAGAAGCUGCUUGACGAGAAGGAUAGCUUUAUAUUGCCAGAGUUUCAGCUGGAUCAUUUGGAUCCGCUCGCGUUGUCUCCGGAUGACAUGAUGGUGGCUGGUGAAAUUUUACCCUCGACCAGUGCUCAACCUGCUUUGAGCGUCCCCAACAGCAUAUGUACAGAAACUGUGCAAACCUCCCUGAUGAAGAAAGCCAUAACUCCAGAUAGCCAGGAAUUGCAGAACAAAUCUACCCAAGUUGUGGUGGAUGAUCUACGUUGCGUGGACAACACGACUAAAGAAAUUGAUCUGCAGAAGGACAGUGGCUUGUGUGAUGCUACAAAUCUCUAUACGCAGGAUGUUAAUUCUGAAAACACAGUGGACGAGCUGUCAGAUGCAAAAUUGGACGAAGAUGACUCUGAUAGUGCAGUAGUUGAACAAUUGAAAACGAAGUCUAAGGUAAAAUUGGAACCACGUAUUAUUAAGAAACGUAAGAAAAUGCCGGAUACGAUGGAAAAGAAAUUUAACAAUGAGAUUAGGAUAUCUGGGGAUGAUAUUGUAGAUACUGAGAAUGGUGUAAUGGCUGUGGUAGCCAUAUCGACGGAUAAAAUUUCAAAUAUGACACAAAUUGUUAUAAAUACCGGCACAGAGGAACAGAUCUAUCAAGGGAAAACUUCCGAACUUAUAGAAGCUACAGGAAAUUUUCCAAAAUUACCAAAAAUUGAAACCUCGACUGUGUGGAAUGGAACGGUGGAACAUACUGCGGAAAAUCCAAGCAAUCAACACGAAAUGAUAAUAUCCAAUGCCUUGGAAGAAUUAGGUAUCACAGACGAUAACUUGCAACCAAUAUCAGUUAAUGAGCAUGGAAAAAUAUGGCUUUGCCCGCGCGACGAUUGCAAUAGACAAUUUAGCAAACUUUAUGCUCUGAAAGGCCAUUUACUAGCACACUAUGGUGUGAGGCCCUUUAAGUGCGACUUUGAAGGAUGUGCCUGGGCAUUUUAUUCAGAAUUCAAACUCAAAAGACACAAAGAAACACACUUGAAACGCAAAGAUUAUGUUUGCGAAGUAGAAGGUUGUAAUCGCCGAUUCACUACGAUUUACAAUUUGUGGAGUCACGCGAAAUUGCAUACACGCCCAAAUAGAAUAGUAUGCCAAGUGCCAGACUGUCAAGAAAAGUUCCAGACGAAGAGAGCUCUGGAACUGCAUAUGAAGACUCAUGAUCAAAGCCAUGCUCCGUACGUUUGCAAACACGAGGGAUGUGGCAAAAGGUACUACAGUAGUAACGCUUUGACGUCACAUCAAAGAUGCCAUAGCUAUAAGGAGGUAGAUGUAAAAUGCUCGUGGCCGGGUUGUGGAAAAGUAUUCGAUAAGCCUUGUAGGUUGAAAGCGCAUAUACGUUCGCAUACAGGCUGUAAGCCUUAUCCUUGUACGUUUCAAGGUUGCCAGUGGGCAUUCUCUUCCUCUAGCAAAUUAAAGAGACACCAAAAGAAACACACUAACGAACGAAAGUUUGUGUGCGAUAUUCCAUCAUGUGGAAAAGCAUUCAUGAGGUCAGAGCAUCUCAAGGAGCACAGAUUGACUCACAAAGAGGGGAGGUACUUUCAAUGUUUUAUAUGUAACGCGAAAUUUUCUGCAAAAAGUAGUUUGUACGUUCACAUAAAGAAGCAUCAAGUUAAGGAAGAGGUAGAAAUAAAUUCGCACGACGAUGUCAAUAGUCGAUCCAAAAAAAUACCAUUGAUAAUAAAAUCAAAAAGAAAGUCAAUAGAUCUGAAUGUAAAUGUAUCUUGUCUGAAUACGUCUACGAAAAAAUCUGAUCGCGAUGAUACGAUAAUUGAAAAUAACGAUGAAAAUCAAACUAAAAACGAUAUAGUGCCUCCACGAGAUCCAUCUAAAACCUUAUAUCAUUGUCCAGUCGAAACGUGUACGCGUUCAUAUACCACAAAAGCCACGCUAAGAGCACACAUGUUAAAAGUACAUGGCACUCCUGUUGAAGAGUGUAAUAAAGCAGCUAAUAAAACGCCUGAAGAUUCCGUUUGUAACAUGGAUUACAUUUUAUAUACUACUCCGUCUGUAUCGGAGCCUACAGAGCAAAUGAUAAUGGUAGCACCGUGCGAUGCGGUUAUUCUCAGCACGCCCUCGGGAACAGAUCGCUCUCUUCCUGAACCGGAACCGCCACCUCUUAACAACUUAAUAAAAACAUCGGAAUCCUCGUCAAACACUGCUACGCACAAGCAAUUAUUCAAUCAACAUGUAAGAAAAGAUCAGGGCUCCGCACGGACUGAUUUGACGUUCUCCGACGUGUGGAAAUUAAAGAAGACGAAUGGUGCUGUAUUAGAUUCGGUCGUCGGAGCAUCCGAUGUUGUAUUAGGUACAAGUGAAUUAGAAGAGGGUUUGUUGCUCACUGAGGAAUUGCCUUCGAUGUAUUAUCAAGACGAUGUAGUGGGAACAGAGUAUCAGGUACUGUUGCUCGAUUCAGUAUCAUCAGAGAAUACAAUAAAUCUACGGGGACUUGAGUAAUGAUAUGUGACUGUGCUUUGGAAAUGGGUAAAAAAAAAAACUGAUCAUUGUUAUUUUCUAAUGUAGGCUAAGUUUUAAUAUGGUCUGUGAUCAAAGGCUCGUUUUGGCCUUACAUUCAUUUAUACUACAGUCCAUAAUUGCUUCAAAUCGUUAUUUUAUUAAUAAAUUAUUGCUAUUUUUCCAAAAA